AUGGCAUCAAGUGAAAACAAUAGUGACGAUGGACACAAUGUGUUUUCAGGUUUUUCGAGCUCGAACGGCAGUGGUCCCGAGUACGAGCAUCUGAUGCAGUUCGAGUACCUUACCACUAAGUACCGGGAUGUGGUGUCCCAGCUGAAGACUGUUUCAAGCGAAAAGCAACGCUUGGAGCACGAUUUUCAGCUGCUAAAAAAAGAGCUCGAAGGCAAGGGCGAUUUCUUCAACAGCUAUCACGAGUACAGUGGGCUAAAGCAAAAGUACGACACGCUGCGCCAUCGGUAUGAAGAAAUCACCAAAGACCCAUCGCAUUGCAUCAAGUUGUGCGAGGAGCUAAAGAAAGAGCGUAACAAAUACAAGGAACUGUUGAAGGCGACGGAAAUAGAGCUGGAAACUGUCCUAUCGGAGCGGGGCAGCGUGCUCAAAGAGAAUCAAAAGCUGUACGACAAGAACGAAGCACUCGAGCGGGAAGUGCAGGGCAAGCUGAAGGAAUGUGUGGCUUUGAAGGAGAAAAUAGAGUUGCUAAAAACACGCCAAGAGUAUCAGCAGCUUUCGAACGAGAGCAGUUGGAACAAGGAGCUGUCCGACAGUAAAGAUAAGUUCAGCAUUGUGUCGGAGAACCUGGAAACUGCCAACCAAGAAAUUGAACGGUUAAAGAAAGCGCUCGACAAAGCAAAGGCGGAAAUAGCGAAAACGAUCCACGACACGGAGGUGGCCAAGCAGCGAAGAGAUUGGGCUAUAUCCGAGAGGGAAAAGAUUGUGCAGGAGCGCGACAGUGUGCGCAAUCUGUGCGAUGAAAUUCGUAAGGAGCGCGAUACGGCUACGUCGAAGCUGCUGGCAGCGAUACGCGAUAAGGACGAUGCACACAAAAGGAUCGAACUCUUGACGGAUCAACUGGAGCAGGUGACACGGGACAGUUUUAAUAAUAAUGCCGGUACGGGUGGGCAAAACCCACCACCGGGAGGUGGCAAUCCGUCGCAGGCGAACGGUGCGUCCGGUACACCGACAACACCAAACGCUUCCCUGGUGUCUAUGAACAAUAGCAACAGUCAUCGGAAUUCGCAUUACAGCAGCUUUAGCUCGAUCUACAAUCUGGAAUCGUUGCAGCAGUACGAUGUGGAGAUGGUCGAGAUCGAUACUUCGCCACUGUUGAGCAAUUCUUCCGACUGGGGUCUUACGAUCAGUGGCGAUCUGGAUCAUAGCUAUGGGAGCGACCAUGGAAGCAACGCGAAGAAUCUCUGCGGCCCGUACGUUGCUGCCGUGGAGCAUGAUUCGAUUUUUGCUGGGAAGUUGAAACCGAACGACAUCAUAUGCCAAAUAAAUAGCCAUGAUUGUAGUACAUUUUCCCGACGCAUGAUCUACCGCACGAUCCGCAACAGUGUCCCGCAGUGCAUCAUAACGGUGAAGCGACCAACGAAACGCCUCCUCCCGGUACAGAUCCCAUUUACCAGCACGAAUCGUAACCACGGGCUGUGUCUCGAGCUGGGACUGUACAUUGCGAAGCUAGAGCCCAAUUCGAUUGCGGCCAAGGAUGGUCGGCUAGCGGUGGGCGAUCGUAUUCUAUCGAUCAACAGUAAACCGAUGGAGAGCAUCAAGAACAUUAACGAUGUGCACGCGUACAUAAACGAUAUGCGCAACAGUAGCCUCAACUUGAUCGUGAUCAAGGAAAUGCUGGAAAGUCAUCCGAGCUAUGCCAGCUUCUACCAGCCACGGUUAAAACACAUCCGCAAUACGACGAGCUGCACCCAAACGGACAACUCCCUGUCGACGUUUGGCAGCAGUCAGCACACCAGCAACACCACCACCACCACCAAUCCGAGUAGCGUCAACACGAGUGCUAACGCGAUGACGAUGAUGAAUCACCAUCGGUUGAGUUUGGAGUUUGACAACAAUAAUCACUUCCUGCCGUCGGCGAUGCCUUCUUCGGCGUAUCAACAGUCCUCGAGCACACCGAACUCCGUUGCCGCCAGUACACCGUCGUCCACCAAGUCGGCUUCCAAGUUGACGGAGUUUAUUCAGAAAAUUAAAGACAAAAUGGCGAUAAGCAAUCACAGCAAGGAAGCUGGUGGUACGGGCGGUAGUCAAGAGCACGACGCAAUCGCUGCCCUCGAUUCUGUGCUGGACAGUGAUGAACAGUCGCGGGAUGGUAAGCGCUCCAAGCGCCGGAACAAGAACGAUCCACACAGUCAAUCGGAAGUGCCACGUGGAACGUGGCCAAGGGUUAACAUGACGAUACACAUUAACGAAACGCAUCCGGGGACGAUUGUUCAGAAGAAAAAGAUAAGACCUCAGCUGACGAUUCCCCGUGGGGGUGGUGAUUUGGAUAAUAAUAACUACUUUGCUGCGGUAAUGAAUGAAGCUAAUACGAUUCCAACGAAUUUCCAGCCCGAUAAGAUCACGGUUGGAGGAUCAGUUUCACCGCAGGGAUUAUCCGGCGUUGGAGGAGGAGGAGGAGGAGGAGGAGGAGGGAUGGCCGGUAUGAGUGGUAUUGCACCAUCGGGAACAUCAACUACUAGUGGUGGUGGACAAGGAACGCUACUGAACUCGAGCAAACGAAAUUCCAAUCCCAUCAUGCCGAUGGACUUAAACCGUCUUCUGGCCUUAAAGUAUGGAGACGCGACAGCCGGCGGUGGUUCGAUAAUGGGUGGUGGUCCGGCAGGUAAUGCUACCAUCGGUGGAAUGGGCAAAUCCCACACCGCUGCACCAUUUCCCCGAUCGUCUACCUAUGACGAUCGACAUCACGAUGGUGGCGGACUCAAUUUGAACAAACAUCGCUUCAGUUUGAAUCUUUCUGCGAUGAGUAAACAGCCGAUGCAGCAACAACAACAGCAACAGAUACUGUUGCCACCACCGCACCAGCAACAAAACUCGCUCGAUUUCAUUCCAAUUCCUACGUCCUCCUCGUCGCAAAAGAGCAACCAUUCGAUCGACUCCGUCAGCGCAUCACAUUCGCUUUCCAAAAGCCCACCCGUAUACUAUCCCACGGCAGCGGGUGGAACGCUUGGCAUACCGACGUCGAAAACGACCGAAUUCUUCAUGACUUCCAAGAUUACGAAAUCGCUAUCGAAGUACUCGAGCGACAACGAGAGCAUUGACACGGAGACGCUUUCCCUCGGGGGCGGAGGCGGUGGCGGUGGUGUAGGGGCAACGAUGGGAGGUGGAAUGUCAUCGAACAUGAUGGGUCCAUCCGGUGGGCAGGGAAUGGUUGGUAGUAGUGGUGGACCGGGUAACACCAACACACUGCCACUGUCGCACAUGCGCAAGCAGCUGAUGGGAAACAGUGGUACGGGUGGAUCGUCUUCGAGUCGUAGCGGUCACACACUACAUCCAGCCGCGACGGCCGGUUACGGUGCCACAAUCUUUCCCGGUUCGUAUCCACAUCCCUUCAUGCGCAAUCAUCACCAACCCGGAGGUAGCGGUAAUAGUAGCGGCGGAGGUGGAGGUAAUGCUACCGGGGACACUCUGAUGGCGUUUCAAUCGGGCAAUGUAACGGGACCGGCCCCAACCGGACAUCACGGGCACGUUGCAUCCAUGGAUUAUUCCUAUCGCUACAGUCAGAUCCAAUCGUCCAAGGAGGAUGUUCCCAUAUCGGGAUACAGUGGUGGCUACGAAGGAGGAACGUUUCCGCGCAACAAAACCCAUCUAACGAGCAACAGCAACCAUCAUCACCACCACCAUCACCAUCAUCAUCAUCAGGGAGGCUUCCGAAUUCCUUCGAACCAGAGCGUUACGAGUCGCGGCAGUGGCAUCAAGAUCAGUAACGGUUCAAUCGAUUGUAGCAGCUCGGAGCGUGCGUCACCGAUACCAACGUUCGAGGUGCAGGUGCUAAAGCCUGGACACGUUCCUUCUGAUGGGUCUGGAUCGAACAAGCGCAGCUCCCUGCAGGACUAUGGACAAUCCAAACCGAACGUAGGCGAACUCCGGUUAGUACAGUUCGACAAGAGUGAAAUGUCGCUCGGUAUAAAAAUCUUCUGCCGACGCAACGGUGGCGGAGUGUUCGUGUCCAACGUGGGAGAAAAUAGUUUGGCUAGCAAGGUUGGGCUAAACAUUGGCGAUCAGUUGCUAGAGGUUUGUGGUAUCAAUCUACGCAAAGCAACGUACGAGCUGGCGGCCCACGUGCUCCGUCAGUGUGGCAACUCGAUAACCAUGCUCGUGCUGUACAACCCGAUCGUCUACAGCAAUUUAACCACCAGCGAAGACAAUCUUGCCCGCUCGGGUUCGCCAACCCCACAAAAUUCUCCACGCUCCAUGGGACGAUCGCUUAUAUCGGCCGUUAACACAACGGCUGUGAAUGCUAUGACCGGCACGAUGACCACUGCGAAAACUUCGUCGCUCGUAAAAGCCCAGGAGUUUAGCGACAGUCUCGAACAUCAAACACAGCUACACGACGACGAUGAAGAUGGUUCGGUUGCGGUCGGUGGCUCCGGUGUUUCCGGUGUACAGGGCAACAUGUACAAGGAACAACCGCGGGAAAUUUACAUUGAAACGCGCAAAACGUCCAAUUUGGGAAUAACGCUCGUCGGAGGUAAUGCGUUUGGUAUCUUUGUUCAUGGCGUGCAGAAGGAUUCGAUUGCUGAUAAGGCCGGACUGUUGGUUGGUGAUCAGAUACUGGAGUUUAACGGAACAGAUAUGCGUCGUUCGACGGCGGAACAUGCGGCGCUCGAGAUUGCGAAACCGGCCGACCAUGUGAAGGUGCUCGUGUUGUACAACAUUCAAAAGUUUAAUCAGAUCAAGGAUAAACCAGGCGACGCACUCUACAUCCGGGUCGGAUUUGAUCGUAACUGCGAUCAGGGAGAUUCGGAGCUAUCGUUUACCAAGGACGAGGUGCUGUUCGUUGACAACACCAUGUUUGGUGGGAUACCGGGCAAGUGGCGUGCCUGGAAGCUGGAUGAGUACGGCCACAAGAGGCAAUGCGGUAUCAUUCCUAACAAGCUAAAAGUGGAGGAAGAGCUACGAUUGCUUGGAGAUCCGGGUGAUGUUGAUACGACUGCACGACGAGGCUCAACGUCGGCUCGCAGAUCGUUCUUCAAACGCAUUAAACCCCAGCGAAGUUCGUCUCGCGAUUCGAAGGAAUUGGCCAGCUUCAGUAAUACGCAUCUGAGCCUGUAUCUCGAUUCCGGCUCACUCAGUGAUGAUGGAUUGAGCAGCUACCAACGGGUAGAACGGUUGGAAUAUACCUACCGACCAGUGAUUAUAUUGGGACCACUGUCUGAGUUUGUCAUCGAUAAGCUGUGCGUAGAUUUCCCGGAAGACUUUGCCGUACUGCAGGAAAGCCAGAAGAAGUGCACCAAGGACGAGAUGGAGCUGGCGAUACAAAACAAUACGAUCGCGGACUACAAGCUACGCAACAAUGGUAUCUUUGAGUACACAAGCAUGCAAGCCGUGCGGGACAAUAAGCAAUGUCACUGCAUACUGAACGUAAGUAUGGCGGCUGUAGAACGGCUACAACGUGCUCAGAUUUAUCCUAUCGUACUGCUGUUGCGCUUCAAAUCCGCCAAACAAAUCAAGGAGAUCAAAGACUCGCGCUAUUCGACUGAUAAAAUUUCAGCCAAAGCGGCCAAGGAAAUGUACGAGCAUACGCUCAAGAUGGAAUCGGAAUAUCGACAGUUUAUUUCUGUUGUCAUUUCCGGUGUGAAUAUUACACACAUGUGUACGCAGAUAAAGGCAGCCGUCGAUAGCGAACAGAAGAAGAUCCUCUGGGUAUCGAUUCCCUCGCCGUUGUGACCAUCCCUGAGCUAUCUUCGUCCAGACGAAGAUGAACGAUUGGCCUAACUUCGAUACG